AUGAAGGCUCUUUACACGGUAUUUUUCCACGAAUAUUUGCUAAUGGGUCAUAUGAAGGAAAUAAGGGACGAGGAAGAUGAACCAAAGUGUAGCUACUACAUGGCCCACCAUGCUGUUAUAUGGCAAAUAUUCGUAGCCAACCGAGUGUCGGAAAUUCAGCACAUCUCCCGAGAAGGCAUUUGGAAUCAUGUGCCCGGCGUUGAGAAUCCGGCUGAUAUUAUUUCCUGGAGUGCGACACCGCUUCAACUAGCAGAAAGCUCUGUAUGGUGGAACGGUCCCAGUUGGCUCGAGAAAGAUUGCAACGAAUGGCCGAAAACGUAUGAAGCUCCAGAGCAACAAUUCGAUUCAGUUACGUUGGAAGAAAAACCCAUAGUUACGACAGCGUUACAGAUGCUACCUCCUAGUGAAAUCUUCAUUCUUCAUUCGUCAUUGUGUAAACUGGCCCGGUUGACGGCAUGGAUAUUACGUUACACACAUAAUAGCAGAAAAAUCAAUCGAACAGUCAGACGAACAGGAGUGUUUAGUGCACGAGAACAUGAAGAAGCAUUGCUCGUUUUAGUGAAAUUGGCACAAUCCGAAUGUUUUCCAAUUGAACUGUCGGAUCUAGCAGCGAGAGGAGAAGUUAAGCCUACCUCUAGAUUACAUUCCAAAGAUCCUAAGCUACGAGACGGGGUGAUUCACGUUGGCGGUAGACUUCGUCAUGCUUCAGUCACGUUCGACAGAAAACACCCGAUAGUGUUGGACAGCAGUCAUCCAUUAACCAAGCUUAUAAUGAAAGACUAUCACCAUAAACUCCUCCACGGAGGACCGCAGCUUAUGCUUUCCUGCAUGAAGGAAAGAUUCUGGCCACUUUGUGGGCGAAACCUAGCGAAAAAAGUAGUUCAUGAAUGUGUUCCUUGCUUUAGAGCACGACCACGCGUCCACGACCAACUGAUGGGCGAUUUACCGUUGGAAUGGGUAACUCCAGCUCCUGCCUUUCCGCGAGUUGGAAUUGACUACUGCGGUCCAUUCAGCCUCCGUCACACGUCGCGAAAGGCCACUCCGGCUAGGUGUUACUCGUGCUUGUUCGUCUGCUUGGUGGUCAAAGCUGUCCACAUAGAAGUGGUAGCCGAUCUUACGACCGAAGCCUUUAUCGCAGCACUAAAACGUUUCAUUGCCAGGCGUGGCAAACCUGAAGUAAUUUUUUGUGAUAAUGCCACCAAUUUCGUAGGCGCUCAAAGAAAACUAAGCGAAUUGCACCGACUGUUCCGCUCUGAACAAUUUCAAAAUCCGAUAGUUACAGAGGCAGCAAAAGACAUGAUCGAUUUCAAAUUUAUUCCUGCGAAAUCACCGAACUUCGGUGGGUUAUGGGAAGCAGCCGUGAAAUCCCUAAAGGGUCACAUGCGACGAGUCAUUGGAAAUAAUUUACUCCGUCCUGAUGAGAUGUUCACCGUUGUCACGCAGAUCGAAGCCUGUCUCAAUUCGAGACCAAUCACUCCACUAAGCAACGAUCAUCGAGAUCUGGAAGCCCUUACUCCUGGGCACUUCCUAAUACAGCGCCCUCUCACCGCCGUUCCAGAACCCAGCCUCACGGAGAUUCCGGAAAACAGACUAAGCAGGUGGCAAUUAGUUCAACAGUUCUUCCAAACGAUCUGGAAACGUUGGUCAACUGAAUAUUUUUCAGAUCUUCACAAUCGAAACAAAUGGACAAGAAGAAGAAACAACCUACACAUCGGAACGAUGGUUUUGGUAAAAGAGGAUAAUUUACCCCCACUGAAGUGGCAAUUAAGACGUGUUGCAGAGAUUCAUCCAGGAACCGAUGGCAACAUAAAGGUUGUCACCGUUCGCACCCAACAGGGAACGUAUCGGCGAGGCAUUCUAAAAAUAUGCAUUCUUCCGAUCCGUGAUAAUCAACCGCAUGUCGAGGAUACCCAGUAA